UGAGGGUGUAACUUUUGGUCGGUCCAGAUCUGCUAGAAUAUCAACAGCACCUUCUCCGAAUUGAUUGCCUCUCAUGCUGUCAUUAGGCUCACUCUCUUUCCUGGCUGUUCGUGCUUGCAGAAACAGGGCAUAUUUAAAUCUCGCGACACGGAACCUCUCCAACUGCAAACCGGCUUUAGUACCAAAUACCACCCUUCAUCGCAGAAUAAACACAAUGUCAACUGCCUUGACAGACUCUGCGGAGUACAUCGGCCAGUCUGGCCACAGUUAUAGGAUUGAACAGGUGCUUCAGGAAGAGACAUCUCCCCCACAGCAGGUUUGCCUUGCUACGUGAGUUGGCACUGAUUACCCCUUCUCAAGGUUAUGCACUCACGACUUCCUCAGCGCUGGCGACCGAAAGUUCAUAUUGAAGUAUAUUCACACAGUUAAUUUCGAGGAUCUUCAAGAGAUAAAUAAUAGGCUACGCGGGGGUGCUAAUCAUGUCCGUCUUGUCCAAGACAUCAUUCCGGAGAAGUCAAUGUUCGUUUUCAAGUACUACACAGAUCAUCUCUUAAAUCUUACUCAGAAGGACUUGCCUCUCAAAGUGAAAAAGAAGAUUCUCAAGUGUGCUCUUCAUGGAGUUGCAGAACUCCAUGAUCAUGAUAUUGUUCAUACAGAUAUCAAGCCAGACAAUGUUUUUAUUGACUGGAAAGAUGACCGGGAUGGAAUCAUUAUUGAUCAAGUCAAACUUGGGGAUCUUGAAGAUGCCGCGCAUAUCCCUCCUGGGUCACAUAUGAUUGAAAAACAGGUGGGGAACUGGAUGUGGAGGAGUCCUGAAGCCCACGCCAAAGGACCAGUGAAUAAGCCAUCUGAUAUUUUCUCUUUUGCUCUUGUUUGUAUUUAUGCGAUGCAUAAACGCGUCAUAUUUGCUGUUGGGGAAGAGGAGUUGGACGAAGGUGUGGAUCCCUUGGCUAUUGUAAUUGAGCGCCAAAUCUCGUACUUUGCAGAUGAAGACACACUGAAUGGGUUUUUGAAAUACCUUGGCAAUAAUCCCUGGGUUCGCGUGUUUGAAGUAAUUCGGGAUGGUUUCAACAAAGACAACCCGCGCAGACCAUUUUUCCUUUGGAAGGGUGUUGACAAUGAUUUUAAAAGUUUUAUCCGUGCAACGACAAAUUUUGAUCCGGAAAAGAGGAUCACUGCUCAUGAGGCAUUGGCACACAAGUGGUUUGAGGGUGUUUGAGAUGGGCAGAGAAGCAAAGACAUGUGAAAUCAGUUACCCUAAUCUACUCUUCUUAAAAUGGGUGACACAGGUGUGCAUAGCUAUGCAGCAACAGCAGAAGUGACCUGAGUUUCCUUGGAAUUACAGAACUUUCUAAUUAGGAGGAACGAGAGAGAACUCGACGUGGUGUUGAGUAAACGGGGGAGUGAAGAGACAUUAGAUAACAUAAUGUUUUUCCUUUGCCGCGAGCUUAGAGAACAAAAGAAUAAGAAUCCAAAUUAUAUAGUGAUGAACAGUUCCUUAAUUACCUGGGGUUUGUGUAGUUAACAUCGUGGUGGAAAGUGGGCUCUAAUUAGCAAUGAAAACUGCCGAGGCCUUAUCUAUAAAAAUGAGUUACAGAAGAGAGCAAGGCCAGGUUUCAUGAAUAUAAUCUCAAAGUGAAAUGAUAUCCA